AUGGCUUUUAAUCAGAGCAUCUCUAUACAAUACCAACAAAAUCCAGAAGCUUGUGUUGCUGUGCACUGUGUCGCUGGUCUCGGCCGUGCACCGGUUUUGGUAGCCUUGGCUCUUAUUGAAUUGGGUUUAAAAUAUGAGGCAGCUGUAGAAAUGAUAAGAGACAAACGACGAGGAGCCAUUAAUGCCAAACAAUUAUCAUAUUUGGAACGUUACAAGCCCAAAGCCAGGCUAAAGCACAAAAAUGGCCAUAAAAAUUCAUGUUGCGUGCAAUAGAUUUC